UGCUGCUGGUUUGGGGCCAGCCGAGGGAGGCGGAGACAGAUUCCAUAGCCCGGGACUGGAGGCAGCAGCCCCUGUGGAGCUUGGAGCUCGCACCCUGGGGAUGAAGCCACAAAGCAGUGCACCAUGGCAGCCGGCUUCUUCAUCAGCAAGACUCUGGGAAUCGUGAGCAUCAUCCUGGGCCUGGGCGCCGUGGCCACCAUCAUCGCCCUCUCAGUUGUGUACACGCAGGAGAAGGAAAAAAAUGCAGCAUCCUUCCUGCCCAGCAUCACUUCCACCUCGGCCACCACUCCCAGCAUGGCCACCUCGGCCACCACUCCCAGCAAGGCCACCUCGGCCACCACUCCCAGCAAGGCCACCCUCGCCAAUGUGACCAACACAACCCCCCUGGCCUCCACGGCUGCCCCCGCUAACCCCUGGAACAGCCUCAGACUGCCCGAGUCCCUGAUCCCGGAGCAUUACACCGUGACUCUGCAGCCCUUCCUGACCCCGGACACCUCCUCCGGCCUCUACAUCUUCAAAGGAAACAGCACCGUGCGCUUCUCCUGCCAGAAUGCCACCGACCUCAUCCUCAUCCACAGCAAGCAGCUCAACUACACGCAGCAGAGCGGCUUCCUCGUCUCACUGCAGGGGGUGAGUGGCUCCAGCCCCCCGCCCAUCACAAAGACCUGGCUGGAGACCCAGACCCAGUAUCUGGUGGUGCAGCUCCAGGGGCAGCUGGAGAAAGGCAAAAGCUACGAGCUUGUCAGCAGCUUCACGGGGGAGCUGGCCGAUGACCUGGGUGGCUUCUACCGCAGCGAGUAUGUGGAGGAUGGAGAGACCAGGGUCGUGGCCACCACGCAGAUGCAGGCGGCUGACGCGCGGAAAGCCUUCCCCUGCUUUGACGAGCCCGCCAUGAAGGCCAGCUUCAGAGUCACGCUGAUCCACAGCCCCAACCACCUGGCACUGUCCAACAUGCCUGUGCAGAGCUCCGUGCAGCAGACCAUCGAUGGCACCACCUGGAACGUCACUGAAUUCCAGACCACCCCCAAGAUGUCCACGUAUCUGGUGGCCUUCAUCGUCAGCCAGUUCGAGGCAGUGGAGGCCAUGCAGGACAACGUGCUGAUCCGGAUCUGGGGCCGGCCACAGGCCAUUGCAGCAGGGCAAGGGGACUAUGCACUCAACGUCACUGGGCCCAUCCUCAAGUUCUUUGAAAACCAUUACAACACGUCGUACCCACUGCCCAAGUCUGACCAGGUUGCCCUUCCAGACUUCAACGCAGGUGCCAUGGAGAACUGGGGGCUGGUGACGUACCGGGAGAACUCGGUGCUCUAUGACCCUCUCUUCUCCUCCAUUGGCAACAAGGAGAGGGUGGUGACAGUGAUCGCUCAUGAGCUGGCCCACCAGUCCUACCUCCACGCCUUCAGCUAUGGAAACACGGUCUAUGACGAUCUGUGGACUCAUCUGCAAAAGGUAGUGGUUGAAGACAAAAUUCAGCUCCCCACCACCAUCAAAGACAUCAUGGAUCGCUGGACGCUGCAGAUGGGCUUCCCCAUGGUGACCGUGGACACGAAAGUUGGCUCCAUUAGCCAGGAACACUUCUUACUGGACACAGAAUCCAUUGUUGAGCGGCCCUCAGCGUUCAAUUACACCUGGAUAGUCCCUGUCACUUGGAUGACGCAGCAGGAUGGGGCAGGACAGAUAUACUGGCUCAGCCAGAGCUCAGCCAACAACCUAUCAUUUGUGGUGACUAGUACCCCCAACUGGCUCCUGCUCAACAUCAACGUGACGGGGUAUUUCCGGGUGAACUAUGACCAGGACAACUGGAACAAGCUGCUGACCCAGCUGAACACCGAUCACCAGGCCAUCCCAGUGAUAAACCGAGCCCAGAUCAUUGACGAUGCCUUUAACCUGGCCAGGGCUAAACACAUCAGCAUUGUGCUGGCUCUGAAUACCACCACCUACCUGGGCAAGGAGCAGGAGUACCUGCCCUGGAGCGCUGCCCUCGACAACCUGGACUACUUCCGCCUGAUGUUUGACCGCAGCGAGGUGUACGGCCCCAUGCAGAAAUACAUCCAGAAGCAGGUGACCCCGGUGUUCCAGUACUUUGGAAACAUCACCUCCAACUGGACCAGGCUCCCGGACGGCUUGAUGGAGCAGUACAGCGAGAUCAACACCAUCAGCACGGCCUGUUCCAACGGGGUCACGGAGUGCACACAGCUGGCGGCCACCUUCUUCAACCAAUGGAAGCAAAACCCCAGCAACAACCCGAUCCCCCCGAACCUGCGCUCCUCCAUCUACUGCAGCGCCAUAAAGACGGGCAGCGAGGAGGACUGGGACUUCCUCUGGCAGAUGUUUAAAAACGCCACAGUAGUGGCCGAAGCCGACAAGCUCCGCUCGGCCAUGGCCUGCAGCAGGGAGCCCUGGAUCUUGAGAAGGUAUCUGGAGUACUGCCUGGAUCCCACCAAAAUCCGGAAGCAGGACGCCGUCUCCACCAUCAACAGCAUUGCCAGCAACGUGGUGGGGCAGAGCCUGGCCUGGGACUUCGUCCGGGGCAACUGGGAGACCCUUUUCAGCCAGUACGGCGGGGGCUCCUUCUCCUUCUCAAACCUGAUCCAGGGGGUGACGCAGCGGUUUGCCUCUGAGUUCGAGCUGCAGCAGCUGGAGCAGUUCAAGGUGGACAACGCCGACGUGGGCUUUGGCUCCGGCACGCGUGCGCUGGAGCAGGUGCUGGAGAAGACCAAAGCUAAUAUCAAAUGGGUGGCAGAGAACAAGCAGACGGUGCUGACGUGGUUUGAGACGGCAAGCAGCUGAGUGGGUGAACUCAGUAACGCCAACCCCAUCCAUGUCUGCCUCCUCCCACUGCUCAGGGGGCUGAGCCCAGGCUCCUGAGCCCCACGCCCUGGGCAUGCAGCCUCCUGAACUCUCCUGUCACUGGGUCCAUGUCCCCUUCCCCAGAGCCCCACGCCCCCCCACCCAAUUCUGCCUACACUCCCAGAAUGCUCUGCACUGCCUGGGGCUCAGCCUGGCCGUGCUCCCACAAUGCUUUGCACACUGGCCCCAUUGACAGGGCCUCACCACAGCCCUUGUUUCAGUGACUGUCCCAGGGAAGCCCAGGUGCCUGUGGGGUGGUCAUGGGCAGACAGGAGGGUGAGGGCAGCGGGGCUGCUGACUGGGGAGCCCCCCAGCCCCACCGCGGGCCAGGACAUGUGUCUGCUGUAUAGCCCUUGUCAGCCCCAGACACUGUAAAUAAAGGCUUAAUGUUAAAUGGUAAAGCUGUGGGGCUGGGGCUCAGCCCAGAGCCUCCAGCACUCCCACAGCUUGCUCGCAUGCUCA